AUGUCGGAUUAUGAUAGCAUUGAAGGCGAUUUAGAAGAGUUGGGUAAAGAACGUAAAGGAUGGUACGAAGGAGGUCGGGAUUCUGAGGGCCAAAGACAGGGCUAUGGGGAAGCAUCGCAUAAAAAUGGAGAUAAAUAUUGUGGUGGGUACGAAACUGGCAAGCGACAUGGCUUUGGAAAGUACAAGUUUAGGAAUAAAGCAAGGUUUGAAGGUGAAUAUUGUAAAGGUGUGAAGGACGGAAUGGGAACAUUUAUCUACCCAGAUGGUUCAAAAUACGAAGGAGAAUGGAAGGCAGGUAUUCGAGACGGGUUGGGAAAGUAUACCUACGUGAAUGGUGAUUGGUAUGAUGGAUCAUGGAAACACAACACUAAAGAAGGACAUGGGGUGUAUUAUCAUAGCGAAACUGAGGCCAAAUAUACAGUGAACCAAUUUUCCCAUAACGUUAUAAAGCCCUCGUUGAUCCGACAGCAUUUCGUUAGAAUGUGGUCAGCGGGAAUACGGGAAGGUUAUGGAGGUAUGAUGAACAAUCAUUUCACCUAUCAUGGAUAUUUCAAAAACAACAAUCCCUAUGGACCGGGCACCAUGUCGUUCAAUGGAUGUCAGCAACAUGGGGAAUAUGUUUUGACUGAUGUUUUUGUGAGGAAAAAUGGCAUGUUAGAAACUGAACAGGAGCCAACAUGGCGUUGUACCGAGUUGGUCUAUUCCAGUGCACCCAAGGAAUCGUCAUCAGACGAACAAGAGGAGGAUAACGAUGAUAAAUAACACUCAGACUGAGAUAGACUCGGUAGCUUAUAUAUAUUAUCGGAAAGAAAAAUCGCAUAUAUAAUUGUUGUAGUGGAUUUUUUAAACAAAUAAAUCAUAGUGAAUUUGU